AUGGAUUACGAGGUAUCAAGAACUGGUGAGAUCGUAGAAGAUUCAGAGCAGAUUGAUUUGCUACCUGGCUUCAGAUUUCACCCAACCGAUGAAGAACUCAUAAGCCACUACCUUAGACCGAAGGUUCUAAACACCCUCUUCUCCACUUUAGCCAUUGGUGAAGUUGAUCUCAACAAGGUUGAGCCUUGGGACUUGCCAUGGAAGGCUAAGAUUGGUGAAAAGGAGUGGUACUUCUUCUGUGUAAGAGAUCGGAAAUACCCGACCGGUUUAAGGACGAACCGGGCUACUAAGGCCGGGUAUUGGAAAGCUACAGGGAAAGACAAAGAGAUCUUCAAAGAAAAAUCUCUUGUUGGUAUGAAGAAAACAUUGGUUUUCUACGAAGGAAGAGCUCCUAGAGGAGUAAAAACCAAUUGGGUCAUGCAUGAGUAUCGCUUAGAAGGCAUAUAUGCAAACGACAAUCUCCCUGUAACCGCUAAGAACGAGUGGGUUAUUAGUAGAGUUUUUCAGAAAGGAGCAGACGGUAAGAAAAUGCAUCUCUACGGCUUAACGAUGCUCGGUUCAGGGAUUAACCAAGUCGAACCGGCUGGUUUACCUCCCCUGAUGGACUCUUCUCCGUACCCUAAGAGCGAAUCGUUGUCUCGCGUAACCUGCUUCUCCGACCAAACAACCGUUGAGGACAAGAGUCACAUCUCCGAGUUAAAAGACGAGUGUAACGUUACCAUGCUCGGUUCUUCAUCGACUCGGCUGAUACCGAACAUUGGUUCUCUGCUACACUCUGAUCCUCUGUUUAUGCAAGAUAAUUCUUCAAUAUUGAAUAUGUUGCUUGACAGUGAAGAAACCCAGUUUAAGAAUAUCAUCCAGGGUUUGGGCACAGGUGAAAACGAAUUAACCACGAGUUCUUGGCACGGCCACGGUCUUGCUGGUUCGACCGGUUCGGUUGAGGUCGAUUGCUAUUGGAAUUUCUGA